CAGCAAUAUCCUUAGUUACGCAGUUAAACCGUUCAAUUCAUCAGCAGUCGACAUGGCGUCAAACGUGUUCGGCAACCCCAUCACCGACGAGACUCUGAAGGCAAUGACCAAAUACAUCGGCAAGAAAAUAACGCGCUGCGACCGUGCACACGAGGCUCUUAAUAUGAUAUACGCGGAGAGCAAGAACGUGAACGCCCUCCAAUUUGCGGAGAAAUUGAAGGAGCAGUACGGCAAUGGAGUCUCCACGCUUUGUGUGGUCUACAAUGCCACCGGUGAUCCUAUCACUUUAAUCAGUACCCACGAUUGGCACGGGCAUCUCUGGAAAGCCCCCGUCCCGCAAGCUCUUGCCAACGGUCAGUGGGGUGCUUUCCUGCACGUGCAUCCCACUCUCGGGAUGACAGGAUCGUCAGCUGCUGUCGUCUAUCGUGGUAAGAAUGAUGCUGGGGAAUACCAAGACUUCAUGCUUUCGUGGGUGAACCCGUAUUGGCCAGGCUACUGUAAGGCCUAUACAAUGGUUCGUGGAGCAGGUUACUUUACCAACAGAUUGGGUCAACUACAAGAUAGAACCAACGAUGCUGAACUCCAGUGGAGUGAUGAAUGCAAAGGAUGCAAGUCUAGUGUGUCCAUCGGUAAUAACACUACGGCUGUUUAUGAGGCCAAGCUCACUCUUACUUGCGCUGAGGGGACCAAGUAGACUACAUAUAGCUUCCCAUGACGAAAAAUAAGCUGCCUACUUAAUUAGCAGUAAUCAGUAUCGAAUAAGGUCUUAUCGUUGUGGCAUUGAUAUAGUAAUAGCCACAUAUAUAUAUGGGAAUAAGGGCAAGCUUGGCGGUCUGUAUUCAGUAGAGUCUUCCUAUCUUUCUUUUUUUUUUUUGAGUCUGUUGGUGUGCGAUGUAAUAGUCUUGUCUUCCUAUGUGUUGACAUAUCAUCAUAUUAUGAAUAAGAAUGUGUUAUUAUCUAA